GUGGUUUAAUAUUCAUUAAUUUGUAUUUGCUUAUUUUUAUUGGACAUCAAAAUUUGGUUGAAGCAACAAUAUUAAAUAUUGUUAACAAAGAUGAUAUAGAAGAUAUUCUUAAAAGUUAUAUUCCCACUGUGAACGCUAAAAAUGAUUUAUGCAGAAAUGACAGUUUAUUUUAUAUGCAAGAGCUGAAACAGUAUAGAAUAUGGGCUACUCAAAUGUUUGAUGCUACUACAAAAUUUCCUACAGGAUUUCUCGAAGGAUCUAGCUACGAUUUUGGAAAUUUUGAUGAAUGUAUAGAUUCGGGAAAUAGAUAUUUUACUGGAAAAUACUGUUUGGUAAAAUUUACUCUUCAACCUCCGAUUGCGGUUAAAGAUUUUGAAAUUAGUAAUGGGUAUUCAAAUUAUACUAUAUGGAAUAAAAUUGCUGACUACCUUCAAGAUCCAUCAAAGAGCCCCAGAAACGAUCUAAGAUUCGCUUUCUGCAUGCCAUCAUCAUGUAGUCACAGUGACUUGCACGAAACUCUAUUAGAAGUUUUGGAUAAGUUUAAUGAGGAAUCUAGUUUCAAAGUGACCGUGGAUAUUGAUGAACUUAGAUGUCAAGUCAGCCAGACGUUCGGGCUAGAUAUAGGUGAUGGUCUCUUUUUAUUGGUUAUUGCAAUAGCAGUAAUAAAUGUAAUCAUAGGAAGCCUCUAUGAUUUUGUAACAAACAAAGAAGCUUUUCGGCAUUACAAGCACACAGGACGAAUUAAUGAUAUAAUAUUAUGCUUUUCUCUCCAAAAGAAUAUUAAGAAGUUAACAACAGUGUCCAAAAAUGCAGACAGUUUGAAUUGCAUGGCAGGAAUGAAAGUGUAUUCCAUGUGCAUGAUAAUAAUGUUGCAUAGAAAUAUGUUUGAUUUUGGUGCUGCAAUUGAAAAUCCAAAAUAUGUGGAAAAGUUGUAUUCAGAAUUUGGAGCAACAUUUUUAUUAAAUGGGCCAAUUUUAGUAGAUACAUUCUUUACCAUUUCUGGAUUUUUAGCUUCAUAUCUUGCCUUAUAUUACUAUCACAAUUCCAAAGGAAAAUACAAUAUUUUGCAGCUUUAUAUUCAUAGAUAUGUCAGAUUAACAUCAACGUAUUGGAUUAUCAUCAUGUUCUACUGUACCCUAUUUGUGAAAUUGGGCAAUGGACCAUUGUGGCGUGAAAGGAUAGAAUUUGAACAGCAAAAGUGCAAGGAAGUUUGGUGGGCAAAUUUAUUAUAUAUUAACAAUUACUACGAUACCAAAAAUUAUUGCAUGUUUCAGUCCUGGUAUAUGGCCUGUGAUACGAAUGCAUUUAUGUUGGUACCUUUAAUUGGAUUACUGCUGUACAAAAAACCUGUCGCAGGAUUGAUUUCGGUUUUAUUGCUUAUAGGAGCAUCAAUGAUUGCAGUUUUUGCCACCGUAUACGUUUAUGAUGAAAUGCCGAUUUUAUUGACUUAUAUGAGAAUGGUUUUACAUCCAAACGAAGACAGUACAUUCCUCAGAAUCUACAUUCCUGGUCAUCUACGAGCCGGAGCAUAUUUUCUAGGAGUUCUAACCGGUUAUAUUAAAUACCGGAUGAAUUUAAACAACUGGAAGAUGUCUAUUCAAUUCGUUAAAAUUUGUUGGAUUACGUCUGUUAUUCUAUUAUUUGUAUCUUUACAUUUUGGAUUCGUUUUUUAUGUUUUGAAAGUUCCAACUUGGAUAUCUGCCCUUUAUGCAUCCCUCCAUCGAUUGGGUUGGAGUAUUGGAAUAGCAUGGAUUCUUGUGGCAACUUCAUCUGGAUAUGGAAAUUUGGUGAAUCGCAUUCUUUCAUGGUAUCCUUUAGUGGUAUUAAGUCGCCUCACUUAUACAGUGUACUUGUGUCACGGAAUCAUACAGAUGUACUCAGCAGGUACAAGGAGACUCCCAGUUUAUGUUAGCUCAUUUAAUGAGAUCCAUCGGGUUGCAGCAGAUAUAAUUUUCGCCUACAUUUUGGCAUUUGUUUUAACGUUAUUGUUUGAGUCACCGAUUGUUGGUUUGGAGAAAAUUUUACUAGGAGGCAAUAAAACAACAUCAUCAGAGAAGAACGAUAAAAUGGAAUCAACUGAAUUACCCACUGUGGGAUAAUAAAUAAUAAAUAUAAUUAACUUAAUUUAUAAGUCAAAAUAUUUUUGUUAAGAG